AUGACGCCCACUCUCUUUACGCCCAUCCAAGUGGGUCACAUGGGCAUCAGCCACCGUAUCGUCCUUGCACCCCUCAGCCGUUUUCGCGCCUACCCCACCCACUUUCUCGGACCCCAUGCACCCACCUACUACGCACAACGUGCAUCUGUCCCGGGAACACUCCUCAUUUCCGAAGCAACCAUCAUCUCCCAGGCUGCUGGUGGGAUGGAGGUCACCGAUGCCGUGCAUGAGAAGGGUAGCUUUAUAUUUUGCCAGCUGUGGGCACUUGGGAGAGCCGCAGUCCCGGAUGUCCUUGCCAAGGAGAAUGACUCCCCGCUUGUAUCUGCCUCUCCUAUCCCACUUUCCUCCCGCCCUACUGCAGUCCCGCACGUCCUCACAGAGCCGGAAAUAAAAUCAUACAUUACCAACUUCGCCACUGGUGCCAGGAACGCCAUCGCAGCAGGCUUCGAUGGCGUCGAAAUCCAUGGUGCAAACGGAUACCUCGUCGAUCAGUUCUUGCAAGAGGUGAGCAAUACCCGGGAGGAUGGAUGGGGUGGGAGUAUCGAGAAGCGAGCAAGAUUUGCGAUUGAGGUCGUGGAUGCGCUUGUAAAGGAGGUCGGCGCUGAGAGGGUCGGUAUUAGAUUGAGUCCAUGGAGUCCGUAUCAAGACAUGGGCCUCCCCGAUCCAAAACCACAAUUCUCCUACCUCGUAAGCCAGCUCAGGAAGUACGACCUCGCCUACCUACACAUCAUCGAGCCACGUAUCGGUGGAGGCGUUGAUGUGGAUGCACCACCACAGAGUAGUAAUGAUUUCCUGCGUGAGAUAUGGUGCAAGGAAGGCAAGAACUGCGUAUUUAUCAGUGCGGGUGGAUACACACGACAGACUGCGAUUGAGACAGCGCAGGAGCACGGGGGUAUGAUAGCAUUUGGCAGGUUGUAUAUUCCGAAUCCUGACCUCCCUGCCCGACUUAUAUACGACCUGCCGCUUGCUAAGUAUGACCGUGCAACAUUCUACCUCGCCGGAGAUCUUACUGAGAAGGGAUACACCGAUUUUCCAGCGGCAGAUAUACCAGUAAAUAGAAGUUGUAAAGGCUAAGAUGGUGAAGGUGAGCGUCUCUGAAUCGCCAAGAUCGGGAGGUGUGUUGCAGGGGACUUGAAGAUCUUUCGAGGAUAACCAUAGACUCGCCUCCGAGAUGUAGUGCUGCGUCGACCUCAAAUAGAACGUGGGCUAUGAUACCAUACCCUGUAUGUAAGUUGUGAGCCAUUUUCACCUCCCGAGGUACACAUGGGGUAUGGAUUCCUGACAGCGGCUGUGUAAGCUGGCUGUUU